UCGCACUCUUGCAGGAAUACAUUUCUCUUCCCCUUUUUUUUGGACUUUUUUAUCUGUUUUAAUAUCUGAUGAUCGAUCGCCGCGGAGAUGAAUGACCAUCGGAGGGUUGUAUUCCGCCGGAUCGCCGUAAAGAAAGAAUGCCCGCCGAGGGGCGUUUGCUGCCGUGUUUUCUCCAGCGGGGCUCCAGCAGCGGGCUGCCCCCGGCAGAGCUCUACAGGCGGGCUGAGCGACUGACAGCCUCCCGCUCUCCUCCUUGGAGCCUCACCUUCCCGGGCUUGGACUAACAUGGACAAAGUGCUUCUUUGGUCGUGCGGGCGUUGUUUUCUCAAUUAGAUUUCCACCUCGACCGGACAUGAGGACGGACGACGGCGUGGAUUAGGACCUAUUUCCCUUCCUAUUUUGGCGUCACCCACUCAAGCUCCAUGUGGGCUCGGCAGGACUUCUCCCCCUUGAGUGUUUGUGACGUGAAAUGAUGGCAGCGCGCUGCAGCGACUCGCCGCAGGACAAUGAGGAGAAUCGACUCACAGCUCCAUCAUGCGAAGCCAAGCAGAAGGAUGGUCCUGACCAGAGCGAAGCGUCGUUUAUCGCUUCUCCUGGGGCAGAGGAGGAGCCUUUCUCCUGGCCCGGGCCCAAGACGCUGUGCCUGCGCCGGACCUCUCAAGGCUUUGGCUUCACAUUACGCCACUUCAUUGUCUACCCGCCCGAGUCUGCUGUGCACAACUCUCUCAAGGAUGAAGAGAAUGGCAGCCGAGGGAGACAACGAAGCCGACUGGAGCCAAUGGACACCAUUUUUGUCAAGCAAGUUAAGGAUGGAGGCCCUGCCCAUGGAGCUGGACUCUGUACAGGGGACCGCAUCGUGAAGGUGAAUGGAGAGAGUAUCAUCGGAAAGACCUACUCGCAGGUCAUCGCCUUAAUCCAGAACAGUGAUGCCUCGCUGGAACUCUGCGUGAUGCCAAAGGAUGAGGACAUUUUGCAGCUGUUUUCCAGGGAUAUCACUGCUCUGGCGUAUUCUCAGGAUGCAUAUCUUAAGGGAAAUGUGGCGUACAGCGGAAAUGCCCAGAACAUUCCUGAGCCGCCACCAAUUUGCUACCCUCGUGUAGAAAUUAAGGCUGCCGGCAAGGCUGAGGCACUACAGCCCUGCGCUGUCAACCACACCCCAAGAGAGUCAAUACAGAAGGGCUACCGAGUUGAAAUCCCUGUUCCGCCGUCACCUCCAGCACUGCAGACCUCCAAGACGGCACUGUGUGUCAGUAAUGACAAAUUGAGGACAGCGGCCAUUCACCCUGAACAAGUUGAUAGGGGUGUCCAGUUGGCUCGGGCGGGCUCCAGUCACAGGACUGAAGAGAACCAAUUCUGUCCUUCAACAGAAACCGGUUCUCCUAUACCCAGACCCCUUCUGUCUUCACUGCCAGAAAGUGCACAGUUGCAGUGUCCUUCUUUCCAUCUGUCAGAGCCUUCACCACACUGCCCUUCACCGAGACCUACCCCAGUCCAUACCGACAAUGUAUCCUCUCCCCUACGGGCUUCUCUCAAUGCUGCAUCGCCUGACACAUUCUCCCCUGCCAUUUCACCCAAAACCAACAACCAUUCACCAUCUCCGACACCCCCCUCCACCUCUCCUCAUCAGAACAUAGACUGGAGAAACUACACCACCUAUAAGGACUACAUAGACACCAAGAGGCUACACACCUAUGGCUGCCGUACCAUUCAGGAACGUUUAGACAGUUUGCGUGCUGCUGCCAAUUCCAGCUCUGCCUACAGCCAGCAGCGCAUGCUCCCUCAAUGUGCCAGUCAGAGAGGGUUGAUGGUCUCUCAGGUCAGACGUAGGAGCGCAUCGAAUGAUCGUGGAGUGAAUGGAAGCAAUCACAGCACUCCAUUACGAAGCGCGUCCCAGGAGAGGCUUGGAGCGUGCUCAGAGCGGACCAGGAACUGGCCGCGAAGUGCUUCCCAAGAUGCCCUACCUUUCUCCAGCCCGGCAGGGGUUACUAAACCUCGAGCAAGGUCUUAUGAUCAUCUGGGACAGCAGCCUACAGAGCAACUUGUGCUCAGCUCUGGAGAAAGGACUGUUUUGGAGGACAGACUUUUACUUUGCCAAGGGGAGGAAGCAAGAGCCAGCAGGCAGGGAGGAGGCCAAAGAACUUUACCUUAUCUCAGUCGGAGUCUCACUGGACAGGAUUCAGACGGACAAAGAAGUGGAUUGUCUAACACUCCUUUAGCUGAUCGACCACGUAGCAAAGGUAUGACAGAUUCUCGACCACCAUUAAGAUCUGAUGGCAACAUUACAAGGCCCUCUCGUUUACCUGUUAAAGAUUCCAUCUCAGACCCCUCAACUGCCUUCAUGAAAACCACAGACUUGCUGAAAGACCAAAGAAUAACUGGAAACCAUAUGGGCUACCCAUCCCCUCUGCAUUUGGAGCUCAGGGGUCGGGCUGACAGUCUAAAACUGGAGAACAGGUCAGAGACUGGUUUGGUGGCCAGGUCCUCCUCUUGUUCAGGUCCAUCAUGUAAAAUGUCCACGCAGAGUUCAAGCGGCACUGAUGCCUCUCCUUCUGCUACUACAAAUGGAGCUGUAAUCCAAAAUCCAAAUGCCAGAGAAGCUUCCACCAACUCCUCUGUACGAACCAAUGGCGGUCUUAUAGAGGGUGUAGAAGGACGUGAUGCUACAGUGGUAGUCCUAAGAAAGGACAAAAACUCAGGAGCUGCUCACACUCGCCCUCCGUCAUAUGUAUUUGCCGGUAAUGAUAACCAAGGCGGAGGGAGUCAUAAGUCGCAGAUAUUGGUGAAGGCUGGUUCUGUUGACGCAGUGACAUGUUGGACGGACAGCUGCAGGGAAAAGCAUCUAAAGAAGCUGGGAGGCACACAGCGGAAGUAUGGCUCCCACAACUUGGACGACUCCUUGGAUUCUAUCCCCUUCAUAGAUGAACCCUCGAGUCCCAGCAUGGACCUGGACACGGUCAACAUCCCUGCCUCUGCUGUGAUAUCCACAACACCCAUCAUCACCACCAUACCCCCAAGCCCCACGGCUACGUCCCCCCUUAUUCGCAGACAGAUGUCACAUGACCACGAUUCCCUGCGUCUCACAAUUAUCGAGUCGGAUUCGGGUGGCAAAACGGAGCGGUCUUUGUCGUACGAUGAAGGCUUGGAUAACUACCGGGAAGAAGGCACAGGAAGGUCCUUAAUAUCUGGCCUGAAAGGACUCAGGAAGGCAAUGGACAGGUCUUCAGAAGAUUCAGGAUCCAGGAGGGAUUCAUCCUCUGACAUCUUUUGCGACGCCACUAGAGAGGGUCCUUUGCAUUUCAAACAGCUGAAUACAGACAAAGGAAAGCGCGUCGGAAGCGGCAUGCGCCCCUGGAAGCCGAUGUACGCCGUGCUGAGAGGCCACUACCUCUGUCUGUACAAGGACAAAAAAGACGGACAGGCACACGCCAACUGUCAAACCACAGACGAGCCGCUACCCAUCAGCAUCAAGGCUUGUUUGAUUGACAUCUCCUACAGCGACACCAAGCGGAAAAAUGUUCUGCGGCUCACUACGUCGGAUUGUGAAUACCUGUUCCAAGCAGAGGACCGUGAGGACAUGCUGGCCUGGAUCCGAGUCAUCCAGGAAAGCAGCAACUUGGACGAAGAGAAUGCGGCCUUCACCAGCCAUGACCUCAUCAGUCGGAAGAUCAGGGAGUACAACACCUUAAUGAGCCCGACAGGCAGCAAGACGGAAGCGUCGCCCAGAUCGUCUCGCCAGUCGCUCAGCAUUAGGCAAACACUGCUGGGGGGCAAAGGAGAUGCUAAAGCUCACAGUCCAAUCUCCCCCAAGCCGGAACAAGAGAAGAAAAACAUGCACAAAGAUGACACCAGCCCUCCUAAAGACAAAGGGACGUGGAGAAAGGGCAUCCCGGGGCUGAUGAGGAAACCUUUUGAGAGGAAACCAUCUCCCGGGGUCACAUUUGGAGUAAGACUAGAUGACUGUCCUCCUGCACAGAACAACAAGUUUGUGCCGCUGAUCGUGGACGUUUGCUGCAAGUUAGUGGAGGAGCGAGGGCUGGAGUACACUGGUAUCUAUAGGGUACCGGGAAACAACGCCGCAAUCUCCAACAUGCAGGAGGAGUUGAAUAACAAGGGCAUGAACGACAUCGAUAUCCAGGAUGAUAAAUGGCGGGACCUUAAUGUGAUCAGCAGUCUGCUUAAAUCCUUCUUCCGAAAGCUCCCAGAGCCGCUCUUCACCAAUGAUAGGUAUGCAGACUUCAUCGAUGCAAACAGGAUAGAGGACCCAGUGGAGAGGCUCAAAGUGCUUAAGAGGCUGCUUCACGAGCUGCCAGAUCAUCACUAUGAAACGCUCAAGUUCCUCUCGGCUCAUCUAAAAACCGUAGCAGACAACUCCGAGAAGAACAAGAUGGAACCAAGGAAUCUGGCUAUCGUGUUCGGUCCCACGCUGGUGCGCACCACCGAGGACAACAUGACCCACAUGGUGACGCACAUGCCAGACCAGUACAAAAUAGUUGAGACCCUCAUUCAGAAUUACAACUGGUUUUUCACUGAAGAGGGCAUUGGAGACCCAGUGACCGCGUCGCACCAGGAGAGCGCUGUGGAGUCGCAGCCAGUCCCAAACAUCGACCACCUGCUCACCAACAUCGGCCGCACAGGCACGUCGCAGGGCGAAGUAUCAGAUUCUCCCACCAGUGACUCAGCCAGGUCAAAGGGUUCCUGGGGCUCAGGGAAGGACCAGUCCAGCCGAGAUCUCCUGGUCUCCUCCAUUUUUGCUGCAGCCAGCCGGAAAAGAAAGAAGUCCAAGGAGAAAGCGCAGCCAAGCAGCUCUGACGAUGACCUGGAUGCGGUUUUCCCCAGGAAGGAAAUCCCCGUGCAGAAGGCGGACCCUCAUGGCGAGACUCGGAAGAAGCAGGAGAAUGACAAAGAGCUUACACCCAAAGCCAAGAGGGAUCAUAAGCAUCCCUCCCCAAAUAUGUCACCCAACAUCAGCUACCAGGGUGCUCCUCAGGGAAAAGCCUCCUUAUCCGACCCGCCAUCCAACACAUCCGAUUUGGGCACCAUGAGCUCUGGAGCGUCGGUGCCGAGCUCACAGCCUAAAAGGUCGACUGCAGAGCUUCAGGCGGGAUCUGCAGUGGGCGUCGAGGCAGAGGUGGGCUCCAUCACCUCGGACUACUCCACCACCUCAUCCAUCACCUUCCUGACCGGAGCGGAGUCCAUGGCGCUGAGUCCAGAGCUGCAAGGCGGCGAGGAGGCGGACGACGAACGCAGCGAGCUGGUCAGCGAGGGACGACCCAUGGAGACGGACAGCGAGAGCGACUUCCCGGUUUUUGCUCCGGGGGGCGGCAGCAGCCAGUCCACACCUUGUCCCGUGCAGGAAAAGCCAGAGGGGACAGGGGGUGCCGCCAAGAGGGACGCCUCGACCAAAAUGGAAGGGCGGCGUCUUUUCCCGACACACAAGAUGAUCGAAUGCGACACGCUCUCUCGCAGGUGGUCGCUCAGACAGAAGACGGACAGCGAGUCGUCGGUGGAGGCGAGCAGCGGUGAGCGUGGCCAGGCCAGGGCGGAGUCUUCUACGCGGCUUUCCCGGGUGCUGGAGGUGAUGAAGAAAGGGCGGUCCACCAGCAGCCUCAGCUCGUCGUCCCGCAGCGAGUCGGAGCGCUCGGAACCCUCCUGGCACCUCAAAAUCACAGAGCGCCUCAAGCUCCACUUACGCGCAUCUGCCGACGACAUGAUUACGCAGAAGAGCCGCGCCCCCGAUGGACGCAGGAGGAACAACCUCCGGCGGAGGCACACCAUGGGCGGCCAGAGGGAUUUCGCCGAACUGGCCGCCAUCAACGACUGGCGGGAGCAGGGCGGUAUGGACCAGACGGCCGAGCUGCUGGCUGUUGACCGCCUCAAGCCCAGACGCCCCUCUCACGACUUCAAUACCCGGGAGUGGCUGAGCAGGGAGCGGUGCCGGGACGGCGGUGUAGGCGAGGCGGGGGCCUUGCCACAGAGCGCGGAUGUGGCGCCCAAAGCUGUCCCCGAGGACACAGAUGCCCAGGAGCCGGCACCGGAGCAGCCGCCUGUUAACGGCAAAAGCAAAGCUUCGCCCGGGGAUGACGCGCACCCUCACAAACUAUCGGGGGCGCACGUGGUCCGCUCACGUUUCUACCAGUACCUCUGACCCGGGGUAGUGACAUGAGGAUGAAUGUGUACGAAUGUGGUAACUGCACAAUAUGUUUUUUACAAAGUUUAUGUACGUACUGUAAAUAACGUGUACAGCUCCCGUGAUUGUUACUGGCAGAGUUUAUUAAUUAUGAGAAUCGCUGGCCAGACUGGAAGAAAAAAUUCCUCCUGCACAUUGAAGCAGGAGGCUCCGCCCUUUUAAAAAAAAAAAAAAAAAAUGAAGAAUGUACGACUUUCCAACUUGGACUAACACUCAUUGCAUGUACUUGAAGACACACUACUUGGGCACUAGUACUGGGACACGCCUCGUAAACAAGAAAUUCUGUAUGCUUCCAACUAUGUGGGAACAGUUUGAGGACGGCCAUUUUCUAUUCCCAGUGCACAAGGCAGACACUUGGUUGUGUUUGGCGUGGAGUAACAACCUCAGUGGCCACCAUCUUGUAGAAAGUCUUCCCAGAAGGUGGUAAAAUUUGCCUCAUUUUUCGCCCUUCCUGUAGGUUUCCCAGUACUUUUGUCCAUGUGGUGUUCCGUGGGAGGAAGCGAAGGCUGCGUUCUGAGCUGGGUGCUGCGGGAAUGUCUUUUUUCGCAGCACAGUCACAACAGCCAGAGAUUAGCUUGACCGUUGAAACACAAAAUUUUAUCAAAUAAAAUUAAAUGUAAUGAAUCGCUGAUACUGGAGUAUGUAAUACUCGGUACGGUUCUUUUCUAUUCCCAAAUUGCCCAACAAGGACAUUUUAUGGAAAUGUACGUUGUUGUUUUUCAUCCUCCAAAAUGAAAAAGUGCCUCUUUUCACCCCCGUUUUUAACCGUUUUUAUGAGCCGCAACACUCAUUCCACCACAUUUCUGUUUUAGCUCUGUUUUGUGUUCAGUUUCAUUGAAAAUGUAGAAAGUGUAUCCCCGGUCAUCAAACAUAUGAAGCAUCUUGUGUAGUUGCACGUGUUUGCGACUGUGAGCAUCUCGCCAGCACAAACAUAAGUGCAAUGUCCUCCCUCGAAGAACACUGGAAAUAAAUAAUCUUUAUUAUAAUUGUUA